CCAGUGAGCGCACACCACGCCAACGUUGGCGACCGGGACAGCAUCCUUUGACGGAGUGUUAAAAAGUGAUACUAAUUAGUAAAAGUGUUGGUUCGCACACGACAUGGACAACCACGCGUUCGGCAACGGCGGCGUGAAAGCGGCCGCCAAUGGCCAAGCGGAUAGCCGAUCGGUGGCCUCGUCGGUAAUGAAUUCUACCGAAACGCUCGAAACGGACAGCGACGUGAAGAACGUCACGGCAUCGGAGCGUGGCAAAUGGGGCCGCGACAUCGAGUUCAUGCUGUCGUGCAUCGCGUACUCGGUCGGGUUUGGCAACAUCUGGAAAUUCCCGUACACCGCACUGGAGAACGGUGGCGGUGCGUUUCUGCUGCCGUAUCUUAUCGUACUGUUUAUCGUCGGUCGGCCGAUCUACUACCUCGAGAUGGUGCUAGGCCAGUUCUCCAGUAGAGGUGUCGUGAAGCUGUACGAUCUUGCGCCAGCCAUGCGGGGAAUCGGUGUGGCACAGUCCAUCGGAAUGUUCGUCGUGCUGACCUACUACGCGCCAAUACUGGCCAUCACAUUCCGAUACUUUGUGGCAUCGCUUAGCACCACCCUGCCGUGGAGCGAGUGCGAUCCAUCCUGGCCAAACUGUGUGAACUCCUCGGCCGUAGGCCAACUGAACGUUUCCAACACAUCCGUUACCUUUCACUCAUCAGCGGAACUGUACUAUCUCAACACGAUCAUCCACAAAGCACCGUCUCUGUAUGACGGUCUGGGAACGCCCGACUGGAAACUGACCCUCUGUCUACUGUUCUCGUGGGUUGUCGUUGCGAUUAUCCUGAUGCGAGGAGCAAAAAGUACCGGUAAAGCGUCCUAUUUUCUGGCGAUCUUUCCGUACGUGAUCAUACUGAUACUGCUCGUCCAAACCAUGACGCUGGACGGGGCGAUGAGGGGAAUUCUAUACUUCCUCACACCACAGUGGAAUAAAUUGCGCGACGUAAAGGUCUGGUACGAAGCCAUCAGUCAAUGCUUCUUUUCCCUGUCGGUCUGCUACGGUGGUAUUGUGGCGUAUUCGUCCUUCAACAACUUCCGCAACAAUGUACACCGUGACGCCGUCAUUAUUUCGUGGCUAGAUACCUUCACCUCCAUCAUCGUCGGAUGCAUUGUUUUCGGGGUGCUCGGUAAUUUGUCACUCGUUACCGGCGAGCCGGACAUACAGAAGCUCGCAAAGCAGGGUGCAGGACUUACGUUCAUGACGUACCCGGACGCGAUAGCCAAGUUCAAAUUUCUACCCCAGGUCUUCGCUGCCCUGUUCUUCCUGAUGCUUUUCAUUGUGGGCGUCGGGAGCAAUCUGGGCGUGACGACAAGCAUCAUUACGGCGAUCAGGGACCAGCGGCCCGAUAUCAAGCACUGGCACGUCGUGCUGGGAACGGCCAUUAUCGGGUUCCUGUCGGGGCUGGUGUACCUUACUCCCGGCGGGAUGGACUUUUUGGAUGUGAUCGACGAUCUGGGUGCGAAACAUGUGACGCUCACGUUUGCCGUCCUCGAGCUGGCCGCCAUCGCGUGGAUCUAUGGUGUCGAUCGGAUCUGCCGGGACAUUAAGUUUAUGCUGCGGAUCGAAACUUCCAUCUAUUGGCGCAUCUGCUGGGGUUUGAUUGCCCCGAUGGCCACUGUACUCAUCUUUGUCUUCAGUAUUGUGAACAUCAGUUUGAAAGAUAUCCCAACACAAUACAAUAUUCUAGGACUCUCCAUCUACGCCCUCGCCAUCCUGCAGCUGCCCAUUUUCUACAUCUACGCAAUGCACCGGCGGCGCAGUCGGCAUGAUGAAUCACUCCGCACAGCGGCACGGAAAGCCCUCGAACCGCUGGCCGUUUGGGGACCGGAGGAUGACGGUAUCCGCAUGCAGUAUCAGAUAGAGGAGGAACAGUAUCAAAAGACUCACCCCGUGCCAUCGAGCGUAGUGCAGCGUAUCAAAAAACGCAUGUUCAACAUGGGUUGAUGGUCCGUUACUUCGACGGGAUGAGUAACUCUCUCUCUCUCUCUCACACACACACACACACAUCAGUGAUAAUCUAAACUCCUCGGGAAGGAUGUUCUCGAUAGUAGAUAAAACGACUCUCUAACUCUUAGACGUAAUCUUUGGAACUAGUAUAAGGUGCUGCAGGUUCGUGUUCAUGUUGAAUGUGUAUAGUGAACAUGCAGGUAUUUCUGUAGAAUGUUUUUACUUCGUACAUCAUUACUCAUUUCGAAUCAAAUCUAUACCAAAGUUAGGAUCACGCUAGAAACAUUCUUUUUUCGAUGACAGAACGUUGAAGAGAUCCUCAAAUUGAAAAAUUAAGCUUUUACUAUCCAUGAACAUUAUGUAGUAAUGCUUUAGAUUAAUUUUUAUGUGCUGUGUAUAAUACCCAACAUAAGCUGAAUGAUAAACAUGAAAAAUAAAACAAAGGAAAUUUUUAAAAAUAG